GUUAAAGAGAAAGAGAAAACCCACAGGAGUUGGUUCGUUCAGGUUGGUGAAGAUGGCGAGUGGUGCGGGGUCUGUAGCGUCGCUGUGGACUGAAAUUAACCGCUGCGGACAGAAUGGCGACUUCACGAGAGCCCUCAAGGCUAUCAAUAAGAUUCUCCAUGAGAAUAAGGACGACGUGACGGCGCUGUGCUGUAAAAUCGUGUGUCUCAUCCAGACUGGUGGCUUCAAGGAGGCUCUUAAUGUUAUCAACACCCACACCAAGUCGCUUACCAGUGACAUGAUCGGGUUUGAGAAGGCAUACUGUGAGUACCGGCUGAACAGAGUAGAGAGCGCACUGAAGACCAUUGAGGGAAUCUCUGAACAAACUGACAAACUCAAAGAGCUCUACGGCCAAGUGCUGUACAGACUGGAGCGGUACACAGAGUGUGAAGCGGUGUAUAAAGACCUGAUCAGAAACUCACAAGAUGAAUACGAGGAGGAGAGAAAGACGAACCUUGCCGCAGUGCAGGCUGCACGGAGUACCUGGGAGAAAGCAAUACCUGAGGACCUGGGACUGCCUGAGUCAACGUACGAGCUUUGCUACAAUUCAGCCUGCAAGUUGAUCGGCAGAGGCCAUCUCUCUCAGGCCAUGAAGAAACUCCAGAAAGCUGAAGAGCUCUGUAGGAUAUCUCUGUCAGAAGACUCUGACAUGACUGAGGAGGAUAUUGACGCUGAGCUGGCAGUGAUCCACUCUCAGAUGGCCUACAUCAUGCAGCUUCAAGGCAGGACAGAGGACGCGCUGCAGCUUUAUAACCAAGUCGUCAAACUAAAGCCAUCUGAUGUGGGUCUGCUAGCAGUCACUGCCAAUAACAUCAUCACCAUCAACAAGGACCAAAACGUGUUCGACUCCAAGAAGAAGGUGAAGCUGAUGAGCGCAGAGGGUGUGGAGUACAAGCUGUCUAAGAAGCAGCUGCAAGCCAUCGAAUUUAACAAAGCUCUGCUAGCAAUGUAUACAAACCAGGCUGAUCAGUGCAGAAAGUUUUUGACUAAUCUGCAGUCACACAACCCCGGACACCCACAGCCAGUUCUCAUCCAGGUGGCUCAGCUGUGUCGAGAGAAACAGCACAGCAAGGCUGUGGAGCUGCUGCAGUCUUUUUCAGAAAAGCAUCCAGAAAGUGCAUCCAGAAUCAAACUGACCAUGGCACAACUCUACCUGACUCAAGGUCAUGUGACUAAAGCCUGCGACAUCCUAAGGUCAAUAGAGGAUUUUAAGCACAAACAAGGAAUGGUUUCUGCCCUGGUGACAAUGUACACACACGAGGAGGACAUUGACAGUGCUAUCGAUGUCUUCACCCAAGCCAUCCAGUAUUAUCAAUCAAAACAACCUGGCUCUCGGGUGCACCUCUCACUGGUCCGUGAAGCAGCAAAUUUUAAGCUCCGUUACGGCAGAAAGAAGGAGUGCAUCAGUGACCUGGAGCAGCUGUGGAAGCAGAACCCUAAAGAUGUCCACACGUUGGCACAGCUCAUCUCCGCAUGCUCACUGGUGGAUCAAGACAAGGCCAAAGCGCUUAGUAAGCAUCUCCCCUCUCCUGACACCAUGUCCUUUAACAUCAAUGUGGACGAGCUGGAGAACUCGCAUGGAGCCACAAACGUCAGAAAGAAGGCGGCCAAAGUCGUCGGGGAAAACCCCCCUAAGCAGCAAGGCCAAGUGGACAUUAAAAAGAAAAAGAAAAAGAAGAAAGGUAAACUACCCAAGAACUGUGACCCUAAAUCGACCCCUGACCCUGAGCGUUGGCUGCCUAUGCGAGAGCGAUCAUAUUACCGAGGCAGGAAGAAGGGCAAGAAGAAGGAGCAGGUGGGAAGAGGAACUCAGGGAGCAACAGCAGGAGCUGCGGCAGAACUAGAUGCCAGCAAAACAGCAAGCAGCCCUCCUACGUCCCCUCGUCCUGGCUCUGGCACCGGCACCAACCUAAGCCCCAACCCCAACAUCGUCCCGCCACGGCAACAAAAACCUGCCACUGCUGGAGCAGCACGCAAAAAAGCCCCACAGAAGAAGAAGAAGGGAGGUAAAGGAGGAUGGUAGAUGAGAAGCUGAAGUUCAGAGUCGUUCCACAGCUCCUUCCUCAUGUGUCCAUCUUCGGAGAUUCGAAACGCUGGCUAAGGGAUCAAGGAGUGAUUUGGGAUUAGACAAGUGGAGACAUGUAGUAACAGAAAUCUGUCCCAGGGAUUUUUUUUUACUUGUUUUUCACCAUCACAUCCACUGUUUAAAAUUUACACCUCUUUUUAAAAUGAAUAAUUAAGUGAGGAAAGUAUCAUGAUCAGAUGUGUGUAUAAAACAGUCUGCGUUUUCGUUUUGUAUAACCAAGAGAAGAUUCAUACUUGUUAUCUAAGGACAUUGGUUUUAUUCUUUGUUUCAUGACCAUGUAUCCAAGAAAGAAAGGGGGAAGAAAAAACUGCCUGACCAUGAUUCAUUAAUUCAUAUUUCAUAACCGUUUCAUUUUACAGACUCAACUGCAAAAUCCGUAUGCAGAGACAGUGAUUUUGUGUCAAACAACAAAAAGAGAGGCUGUUAUGCAAAUUCAAAUAUAUUUAUUUUUCAAACUCCUUGAUAACUAUCACUUGUAAUUAUAAUUUCAAAAAAAGUGUUUCCUUCAGCCGUUUUUCCGUUGUAGGGGAGGCUGAAAGUGUAAAUCUAACAGAAUGACCAGCUCCCAUGUAAAGUCUUAAUAAAAUUUCCUUGAGAACAGAAAA